AUGCCUGCUGCGGUGGGAGAAGCCGCAGCCAAGACUGCGGUCAAAAGGAAGCGCCAUGAGAACGGGGACAUCAUCAAGAAGAGGACGAAAUCCGACGCCAACGCCCAUGAUAAGGAUGGCAAUCUCAAAGCCAGGAUUGAGAAGCUCGAAACCGAGGUUCAGGAGUCUAAAAAGCACUACAACAACAUUGCCACCCUUGUCGAACUCGCGCGAAAGCACGGUACCGACGCAAAGGCUGCGCUUCUGGCCUCAGAAGCCCUGUGUCGCAUCUUUAUCCGCCUGCUGGCCGCCGGCAACCUGGUUAAGAGGAAGGAUGUGUCGGAAAAGGAGGCUACGGUGACAAGUUGGCUCAGAGACCGACUAGCAGACUGUAGAGGAGCAUUGUUAUCCAUGUUUCAGAGCAAGAAGUUGGCAUCCAGCGCCCUGAUGUUGGCCAUGGCCCUGCUGAAGGCCGAGGCCCAGCACCUCAGCGACCGCGAGGAAGCAGUCUUCCCCCGAUACUUUUUCUCCGACAUUGUCGCCAGCCUCCUCGAAUCCCCUAUCGGCCAGUUACGCGAACAGUUUUCAGAGAAGUUCGUUGACGAAUACCACGACAUUCGCUUCUACACGUUCGAGGCCAUCAGGACAUACCUGACGGAGCGAGAAGAUGCUGUCGACGAGGAUAUUCAGAUUACCGUUUUCGACAUGCUGAUCAGCAUAGAGAAUGUACCGGAGUCGAGCGAGGACCUGACGGAUUUUUACAUCGAGCCACCCCAGAAAAAGAAACAUCCGCUCCGCUCUCUGUCGCAACAUAAGAAGCAGGCCCAACAAGCGUGGUUGGCUCUCAUGCACCUGGGCCUGAGCAAGGAGCAAAGGAAAAAGGUCCUGGACGUCAUGGCAGCCUCCAUUGCCCCCUGGUUCACCCAGCCGGAACUGCUUAUGGACUUCUUGACCGACUGUUACAACUCGGGCGGCUCCAUCUCGCUUCUCGCGCUUUCAGGCGUUUUCUACCUGAUCCAGGAGCGCAACCUCGACUACCCAGAGUUCUACACCAAGCUCUACUCGCUGCUCGAUGCCGACAUCCUCCACUCCAAGUACCGGUCUCGCUUCUUCCGGCUGCUCGACACCUUUCUCGGCUCGUCUCACUUGCCCGCCGUGCUCGUGGCGAGCUUCAUCAAGCGCCUAGCACGGCUAGCACUCAAUGCUCCACCGAGCGCCAUUGUCGUCAUCGUGCCAUGGUUUUACAAUCUCUUCAAGAGGCAUCCUCUUACAACCUUCAUGAUGCACCGCGUCCCUAGGACUAAGGAGGAGAGAGACUUGCUGGAGAGCGAAGGUCUGGAAGACCCCUUCUUGCCGGACGAGAGAGACCCUAUGGAGACGCGGGCCAUCGACAGCUGUCUUUGGGAGAUUGUUCAGCUGCAAUCCCAUUACCAUCCCAACGUCGCCACCAUCGCCAAGAUCAUCUCGGAGCAGUUCACUAAGCAGGCGUACAGCCUGGAGGAUUUCCUGGACCAUUCUUAUGGCAGUCUCAUCGAAGCCGAGAUGACCAAGGAAGUCAAGAAGCCACCUGUUGUCGAGUACAUGAUCCCCAAGAGAAUUUUUACCAAGGCCGGGCCAGUCCCGGAGGAGAACGACAGCCUCCUUGUCAACCUUUGGGAUUUUGGCUCGUCAUGA